UGUUAGGCGUGACCUCAUUAGUCAGACGGUCUCCGUACGUGCGGUUGACUCCUUCUGCGACUUCACCGCGAUCCUUAACCUAGCUCUUUGUUGGACCUUGACAAGACUUUUUGGAUUACAUCCCCCAAUCUCAGCCUUUAGCACUACAAAUCGCAAUUUCUCUUCAGAAUUUUGAGUUGCUUAUAGUUAUAAUUUUUUUGAACGGAGUAAACGAAGCAUGCUAAUCUCCAACUUAAAGAAAAGCCAUUAAAACUUAAAAACACUUUCCUGAGUUAUAAUAAUGUUAUAGUAAUAAUUUAAUGUUUAUUUAAAUGUUGCGCAUGUCAUGUUUACCGAUCAAAUUCUAUAAAUAAUAAAGAUAGCAUAGAUAAUUUUAAUUUAACGCACUAAAAUAUUCAUCACAGCGUGAGGAACUCACUAGUUCAGUACUCGGUGUGGUAAUUAAAGCCCAAACAAAUGCCCUUAUCUAAAUAAUCCCAGCAACUAGCUCUAUCUCAGUAAAGCUCAUCAUGUCUGAGUGAUUACUAGGUGACUUUUGUUGUACAUACAUCCGGUAAGGAAAUCUUAGUAAACAUUACUGUAAAUGUAGCGGUAGUUGUUCCAAAUAGGAAAUGUGAAACGUUUUGUGUUUUAGUGUUCAAUGAAAUAACAUGUGUUUUUCACUUACCAUUUCACUGUACUAAAUUGGAAAAAAAAACGGUUCGUGUAUAAUGGCAUCAAAUUCGUACCGGCCCUAUCUCUUAGCAGUGUCAGUGUCUGUCCCAGCGGCCAUCAUCGUGUUUGUGGCUGUCAGGUAUUGCCUCUCCGCGUCACCCGAGCCUCCAACUCUGGCAGAAAGGAGAGGAUCCAGAGCUGUCUCGACUUUGCAGUUCGUAGCUGUUUUUGCACGCCAUGGCAACAGAGGACCGUAUGGCAACUUCCCGAGCUACCCGUAUCCUCUCAAUGACACACGGACAUGGCCUUAUGGACGUCUCCAAAUCAGUCGGCGUGGUCGAACUCAGAUGUUCAACUUGGGAACAAAGUUCCGUUCGCUGUACAAUGGAUUCCUUAGCCUGAACUACAAGUCUGAGGAAUUCAAGGCCUACAGCACUCUGACAGACAGGACGAUUAUGAGUGCUCAGCUGUUACUGGCAGGGCUGUAUCCGUCCCAUGGUGACCAACUGUGGAACAAGAAAAUACUCUGGGAUCCUGUGCCUGUGUUUCCCACUUACCUCGAUAACUUACAGCUCAUGUACCGCCCAGAUCUAUGCCCAGCCUUCCACGAAGACAGGAAAAGGUCUGACAAGGAACUCGACAAAGUAUACAUGUCCGAAGCGGCUCCUAUUCUGAAAGGUAUCGAACUGUACACAGGUGAAAAGAUCAACUACGAGGACCCGCUCGCUCUCAGGACAUCUAUGUACCUCUUGUGGGAUACGCUCAAUUGUGCAGAAAACGAAGGGCUUCCUCUACCUGCGUGGACGAAGAAGUUUUACCGCCAACCUAUGGAGAGUGUGAUGUUAAAAACAUUUGUUGCGAUUUCCAUUGCAACGGAUAAAAUGAUAAGGUUAUUUGGAGGACGCUUAUUCCAGGAAAUGAUAACAUUUAUGCAAGAUAAAACUCUUGGUAAACUGAACCCAGACAGGAGGAUGGUGGUUUAUUGCGGCCACGAUUAUACAGUACUCGGCAUGCUGGGAAUUCUUGGACUGAUCCGAGGUUCUGCCCCCUUUGUCGUGGAAUCAGGCUCGGCUUUGAUUUUUGAGCUCCACCAAGAUCCUCACAGUCUCCUUCCUUACGUCCAGGUUAUGUAUAUUGACGGCGCAACUCCCGAGUUGGAACCGAAGGAAAUCACCAUUCCAGACUUUGACCCUCCAUAUGAUUUUGAACUUGUCAAAAACCUCACUGAGAGAUACUACAAUAUCUCAGAUUGGGAACAGGAAUGUAAAAUAUGAAUAAAGCCUUUUAGUUACAGA